ACUAUUUUUGGUCAUUUUUUUUAUUUUUCUGAAGCAGUUUCAACAAAUGUUUGGGUCUUUGUUUACACCAGUCUGAGUAAGUCACCGUCGUGUUUGUCUGCGUGACACCUGCACAGGUCGACCGUUUGCCAUGGAGCUGCUGAAUCCUCACAGAGCCAGACUGAACGUCCAGGACAUGAAGCAGCUGCAGGAGAGCAUCAACGUGUCGUCAGACAAAAUCAGAGUAAGGGACCUUCAGAUUGUUUCCAGAGAGGCGAUGGGUCGGAUGAAGGAAGGCGAGGAGGAAAAGACCAAAACCUACACUGCUCUAAUCUGGACGAGGAAACCUAUCAAGAAAGAAGACAUUGCCUUCAUUAGUGACAUUAAGGAGCUGACCCUUGAUCAGAAGACUCCUCUGAGGGUUUUGCACCGACGCGCGUUGGCCGUCCGCCAGCGUGUGGUCCACAGUAUGAACACCCGUUUCCUGGACGCCCAUCACUUCCACCUGGAGCUGAAGACUCAAGCUGGGACGUACGUCAAAGAGUUCGUUCACGGAGACUUUGGACGCACCAAACCCAACCUGUGUGACCUGCUGAAGAUGGACACUGACAUCCUGGAGCUGGACGUGGAGUCUGUAGAUGUGGACUGGCCGCCUUCUAUCCAAGAGUGAGAGCUGCUGCUGCUGCUUCCACCUCCACCACCUCAGCCUGGACCAGAAGUUCUGCCCUGACAAGGACGGAGGAGGUUCCUUAUGUUGACGUGAUCAUGGAAAACUCCCAGACCAAACUGCUGCUGAUUUGAUCAGGACGCUACAGAUCAAACACUUCUCGUUACCUUCCCCUUUUUGCUUAGAAGCAAAAUAAGUCCUCGAUUUGUCUCACAGAGGGACAUCUUCUGUCAUGUUUCGUCCACUCUGGAUUGUGAACUAAAUACGUUUUAAAGAAUUGAAAAAGACACUUGUUUUUUUCCUCGUCAUUUCACAGAUGAAAUACUAGGUCAGUUCAACAGUUUGGUUCCUAUUGUCCGACUUUCCUCCUGGUCGUGUUUUCAUUCUGGACUGCAGGCAGGCCAGUGAUGAGGCCUGUUGGGAACAACAGUGGUGAGAAGACACUACCUGUUCCACAAACCUCUGGGUUAUCCUCAGUUCCUGUCAGUGGUCUCCACAUGUGUAUCUACUGUACAGGUGAAUCUGUUAAAUGCAAACAAAAAUAAAAUAUUUGGUAUUUUC